GAGAGUAGCCGCCGGCAUGGCGGGCAUGCCCGUACUGGGCAACAGCGUCGGGCCCGGCGAGCUGCGGGACAACAGUCGUGAGGCGAGCAACAGGUCCCCCAGUAGCGGGUCUCGACGUGGCUCCUCGCCUCACAGGGCUCAGGAUUCCGAUGAGGGCCAUAAACCGGACCUGACGAAUGCGCUGCCGGCCCGGAGGCACCACUGCGACAAGGAUGGCUACCCUGAGAAGGUGCCUACUAUGGCCUCCCUCUCCGGCAGCGGAGUGGUCACCCACACGGCCCCGUCUUACGAGGAGCAGCGCGCUAGUCCCGCGCUACUGAGCCGCGGCGCUAGUGGCACGCCCGGCGGCCGCAGCGUGCGCGACGAUGGCUAUUGCUCAGCGAGUAGCACCCCACGUGCUUUUGAUCACAAAUCAACGAAGGGCUCCGUUGUGACGUUGUCGUGUUACAAAAAGGAGCCUAAAAUACAAAUAGAAGAAGAAUGUAUCUAUAGUGACAGUUCAAAACGAGUUAGAACGAGUAGUCUUAAACCAGGAGACCCAGACGACGGUCGCGAGACAUGGGGCACGGGAGCAGACUUCCUGCUCUCAAUCAUCGGGUUCGCGGUGGACCUGGCCAAUGUCUGGCGCUUCCCUUACCUCUGCUACAGGAAUGGCGGCGGGGCUUUCCUCAUUCCGUACACAUUGAUGCUUAUAUUCGGGGCGGUGCCGCUGUUCUACAUGGAACUCAUUCUAGGACAGUACAACCGACAAGGGCCCAUAACUAUAUGGAAGAUCUGCCCUUUGUUCAAAGGUGUUGGAUUUUGUGCGGUGAUGGUCGCAUUUUACGUAUCAUUUUACUAUAAUGUUAUUAUUGGUUGGGCUUUCUACUUCCUGGUAUCGUCAGCUCGCUCAGAGCUCCCGUGGGUGCACUGCGACAACGCCUGGAACACCGACCAGUGCUGGGAUGCCGCAAGGCUCAACAACACCAACCGGACCGAAAUACCUUAUCAAGGACCUUUGUCGCACUUCACACCGGCUUCGGAGUUCUUUCACCGGGCAGUGCUCGAGAUGCAACACUCGGAAGGCCUCAAUGACCUGGGCUUCCCCAAAUGGCAGCUCACAGUUUGCCUCGGGCUCGUCUACGUCACGCUGUACCUCUCACUCUUCAAAGGAGUCAAAAGUUCUGGUAAAGUGGUGUGGAUGACAGCUACCAUGCCUUACGUGGUGCUGUCGAUACUCCUGGCCCGAGGCCUCCUGCUGCCCGGAGCGACGAGGGGCAUCGCGUAUUAUCUGCAGCCUGAGCUGACUAGACUGAAGGAUACGCAGGUGUGGGUAGACGCUGCUGUCCAGAUAUUCUACUCGGUGGGCGCUGGUUUCGGAGUUCACCUGUCAUAUGCAAGCUACAAUACCUUCCACAAUAAUUGCUAUCGAGACUGCCUUGUGACAACCCUAGUAAACUGCUUCACAUCUUUCUUCUCCGGAUUCGUCAUUUUCACGUACUUGGGCUUCAUGUCGUACAAACAGGGUGUGCCCAUAUCCUCGGUGGCUACUGAAGGACCGGGUCUGGUGUUCCAAGUGUACCCUGAAGCAGUUGCUACGCUACCUGGUGCCAGUCUAUGGGCAAUGCUGUUUUUCUUCAUGUUGAUAAUGCUUGGAUUAGAUUCUGGAAUGGGUGGCCUGGAGUGCGUGAUCACCGGCCUUCUAGAUGCAGCUCGCGCGAGCGGCGCUAAGCACCUGCGUCGUGAGCACUUCACCUUCGUCGUGGUCUGCGUGUCUUUCUGCGUGGCUUGCAUCAAUGUCACUCCUGGCGGGAUCUACAUGUUCCAUCUACUGGACACCUACGCUGCUGGCAUAUCCCUGCUGUGUUCUGCUCUCUUCGAAGCUGUCGCGGUAUCUUGGUUUUAUGGACUGAAAAAGUUUUCGGAUGACGUUGAGGAAAUGCUGGGCUUCAGACCUGGGCUGUACUGGCGGAUAUGUUGGAAGUUUGUUAGCCCGACUUUUAUUAUUGGCGUGGUGGUAUUCGGGCUCCUAUACCAGCAGCCGUUGGUGUACCAGACGUACACUUACCCCCAGUGGGCCGUGGUGCUUGGCUGGGGGCUGGCCUGCUCCUCCAUACUCAUGAUCCCCCUGGUCGCUAUCUACAAGUUCGUUAUGACUCCUGGCACUUGUCGACAACGCGUAGCCUGCUGCAUUUCACCAGAAUCCGAACACGAGGCGAUACGUGGAGGCGCCCCGGUUACCAGAUUCACAUGGAAGCACUGGCUCUACGUCUAAACUGACAAUCAUGGGGCAGUUGACAGAACUGCCGGUAGAGAAGCUUCUUCUUGCAAUCAUCUGAUGAUGACAUGGGCGGGACGUAAGAACUUUGAAGAUGACACGGCGGGCAAGGUGACGAAAUAUCUUGAAGAUGUUUCAUCGUAAUCUACUUUUUGAGAAUAUUCAUUGUAAAAAUGAAAAAGAUCUUCCUUUGUGAAAAUGUUUCGUUUUUAUUGCUUCCAUUUACAUUCUUGUAGUGUAACUUAUUAAAAUAAAAUUUAUAAGGCCCUAUUCACAAUAUUGAAAGUCAAAUAUAGAAAUGAACGUGUGGGAUAUUUCAGAGUGAAUUUUAUUUAAUAAAAAGUAAGGAAGUAAAAAACUCCAUGGACUACGUUAGCUUUUGUAACAUCGAUAAAUACUUAUGCGUCUUUUAGGUUUUAAAAAACUUAGAUGUGCUCAUCCAAUGUGAAUGGGUCCUUUAAAAAAGAUCCUUGUAUUUUAGGCAAUGCCUUAGGUAUUGAUGUAAUUUAAGAGUUUAAUAAAAUGUACUCUUACCGUAUUGUUGCGAAUGGUUAUAUGAAUCGUAUGUUUAUUAAGCGACGAUGGUAGAUUUUAUCUAAUAGAAUAAUUAAUUAUUGAUAUUUAUAAUAUCUGGCCUAUUAUUACCAAAUUGUAGAGAGCGUAGUGGUAAAAAUAAAUGUAGAAAUCGUAAAUUGUUAUCAUAUUUAUCUAAAUGAUUUUAUGAUGUUGUUUGGAUGGUAAAUAAUACUAAGGAAACUAUUGAACAUCUCAGAAGAAAUCGUCCUUUAUAGACCAAACUCGCAAACAAAUCUGUGACAAACACAAUAAUUUUGUAUAUAAAAUAUCUUUGUAUCUAUUGUAUGCCUGAAUAAUGUACACACGUCUUAAUAUAAGUACUUAUUUAAACAUAAUCGAAUACGAGAAACAAUGUAGAGUUUGAAGAUAUUUUGAGCUUCUUCCUAUUUUUGUACACACAUUGUAGUUACUUAUGUACUACCUACUUACUAGCAAUAAAAACAGACGUACUUAUUCUACUGUAUUUUCCGAUAUGUAUUUGCUUAAACAAAAUGAACACAAAAAUCUUUAUUAAAAAUUAUAGCUAACACCGAGAUACUAUCGACAUUUCGUCAUCAUUCUUUCAAAUAAGUAGGUAACUACUAACUCAUAGUUUCCUCAUUAAGUAUCUGUCUCAUCUCUCAUGCUGGCAUCUUGAUGAAAAUGAGAUAGAAGAGUAUCAGAAUAAUGAAUUGUUUUUCAAUUUUAUUAAUUGCUUUGUUACCACCAAAACUGGUGCAAUGAGAAUACCUGGCCUUCACAUUUUAUGUUUUUUUUUUCCUAUAGGUGCAAGUUUUAGCAAUCUAGUGUAAAUCUGCGCGAGUUUAUAAAACUUUUUAUUAAGUUUUUGCCCUUUUAAGUA